CGGUGAAACGGUGCCACCAUUGUCUCACAGAACGACAUCCCAACACCUAGUGCCUGCAACCAGUUCAAUAAAACCUAUUGCUUUAUUAGAAUAAUACAAUUAGUUCAAAGACUAACAGUGGUACAGUGUAACAGUGUUGUAUAAUGGAUUCCCAACAGUUUCGGGAGUUCGGGAAAGCCGCCAUCGAUUUGGUUGCAGACUACAUUGACAAUAUUAGGGAACGGGAUGUCCUGCCUUCAAUAGAGCCAGGAUAUUUGAUAGAUAUCCUGCCUGAAAAUGCGCCAGAGGAACCGGGAGACUGGAAAGACGUCAUCAAAGAUUUUAACCAAAUUAUUAUGCCUGGGGUGACGCACUGGCACUCCCCCAGGUUCCACGCCUUCUACCCGACAGGCGCGUCGUAUGCGAGCAUGGUGGGGAACAUUCUUUCAGAUGGCCUCGGCGUCAUUGGUUUCAGCUGGCUAUCCAGUCCUGCUUGCACUGAGUUGGAGGUGGUUACAAUGAACUGGCUUGGUAAAAUGCUCGGCUUACCCGAAGAAUUCUUGAACUGUUCGCCUGGACGAGGUGGUGGAAUUAUUCAGGGCUCUGCAAGUGAAGCGACCCUUGUUGGCUUACUGGUUGCUAAAGAAAAAACUGUGCAAAGGCUCUUGAAGCAGAAUCCUAGCCUCGAUGAAGGUAGCAUCAAAGCAAAGCUUAUCGCCUACACAUCAGAUCAGUGCAAUUCCUCGGUGGAGAAAUCUGGUCUACUCGGAUCCAUGACAAUGAGACUACUAAAAUCGGAUGCUGACGGAAGACUACGCGGAGACACAUUGAAAAAAGCCUUUGAAGAGGACUUAGCUCAAGGUUUAAUACCAUGCUACGUUGUCGCAAAUCUUGGUACUACAGGAACAUGCGCUUUUGACCCCCUCUACGAGCUCGGACCAAUUUGUAACGAAUAUGAUGUCUGGCUGCAUGUAGACGCCGCUUACGCCGGAGCAGCGUUUAUUUGCCCUGAAUACAGACACUUGAUGAAAGGAGUCGAACUUGCAGAUUCUUUUGAUUUCAAUCCCCACAAAUGGUUACUCGUGAACUUCGACUGUUCGGCUAUGUGGGUCAAAGACGGUCUUGAGUUGAUAAAAACAUUCGACGUACAGAGGAUUUACCUGGAUGAUAUUAAAACAGACACCAAAGUCCCCGAUUACCGUCACUGGCAGAUACCUCUGGGACGCAGGUUCAGAGCAUUGAAGCUGUGGACAGUUAUAAAUAUUUAUGGAGCAGAGGGUCUAAGAAAACACAUUCGUAAUCAAAUAGACUUAGCGCAGCAUUUCGCAAAAUUAGUCCGUAGUGAUGACCGGUUUGUGAUUGAACCUGAACCAUCUAUGGGCUUAGUAUGCUUUAGGCUGAAAGAUGGUGACAAAAUAACAAAAUCUUUAUUAGAAAACUUGACUAAAAAGAAGAAAGUCUUUAUGGUAGCAGGUGCUUUCAGAGGUAGAUACAUAAUUCGAUUUGUAGUAUGUUCUCGGCUUACGAAAAGAGAAGAUAUCGACUUCAGUUGGAACAAUGUCAAGUAUGAGGCUGAUCUGAUCUGCAAGCCAGAAAUUCAUAAUAAACCUAAAAUUCCUGCAUUAGAGCAUAUCGAGACGAUUACCAUCUCAGAGAAAUCGAAAUAGAUGGUAGGUAGGUAGUUAUUGUAUG